CUAUUUGACGAAUCUCAUCCUCUGAAUGUUUACGAGGAGGAUUACUUAUUCACUACCCAAGCACAUAUCCUCCCGAUUGCACGCAUUCGGAAGCUUGCAAAUACCCUUCGAGACAGCCCCUUCAAAACUGUUCAGUUUCCAAGUGAGACACCAUUGUGUGAAUCCAACAAAUGGGAGGGACUAUGGUAA